AUGGAUUGUGACUUCUUUGAGAGUUCAUACUACUACCCCCAACUUAGUCCUCAGGAGGAGAUUCAAGUUGGUAAUCCCACAAUUGUUGCCACUGAAGAUAUAGUUCAUCUUCCUCCUCAGACUACUCCUGUCCUAUAUGAGUUACCCCCAAGGAGCAUGAGGAGUAUUCCACUAAGAAGAUAUGACCCUGAGUUUGAAAAACAGAGGUCUCUAUACCCCAUCAAUCAUGGUAAUGUUGAUAAUCUAUCCAUUUCUGUUGUUGCUUUUAAUGCCACCUUAAGAAGUUUUUAUGAAAGAACCAUCGGGUUAUUAGAUGAAUAUGGAUUAGGAGAGGGGUGCAGAUUCAAGAAAGCAUUGUAUGGUGUGAAACAAUCUCCGCGAGCAUGGUUUGGUAGGUUUACCACAACAAUGAAGAAGUUUGGUUACGAGAAAAGUAACUCAGAUCACACUUUGUUCUUGAAGAAAGAGAAAGGAAGGAUUACCUGUUUGAUAAUCUGUGUCGACAAUAUGGUCAUCACUGGGAACAAUGAAGAAGAGAUUAGUGACCUGAAGAAGUUGUUUAUGGAGUUCGAAAUGAAAGACCUAGGAAAUUUGAAAUAUUUCCUCAGGAUUAAAGUUUUAAGGUCAAGACGAGGAAUCUUCAUCAAUCAGAAGAAGUACAUACUUGAUCUCCUAGCAGAAAUUGGGAUGCUUGAUUGUAAGCCAGCUGAAAUACCAAUUGUAGCCAACCUUCGCCUUCAGACAGUACAAGAUAGAGAACUAGCCGAUAAAGAACAGUACCAGAAGUUGGCGGGAAAACUCAUCUACCUAUCUCAUAAUAGACCCAAUAUUUCAUAUGCUGCUGGAGUAAUUAGUAGAUUCAUGCAUCUCCCACAAGUAACACACAUGGAUACAGUAAUAAGGAUUCUUAGAUAUUUGAAGGGCACUAGUAGCAGAGGGGUCUUCUUUAAGAAAAAUGAUCAUCUUGAUCUCAUGGCUUACACAGAUGCAGACUGGGUAGGUGAUCGGGAUAGUAUGAAGUCUACCUUAGGGUACUUCACCCUGGUAGGAGGAAACCUAGUCACUUGGAGAAGUAAGAAGCAGAAUGUUGUAGCUCUAUCACGUGUUGAGGCAGAGUUUAGGGGAAUAGCCAAAAGAAUAACUGAGAUUUUAUGGCUCAAGAAACUCCUGUGUGAAUUGAACUUCCCGCCAAAGAAAGCUUGUAAAUUAUUCUGUGAUAAUCAAGCAGCCAUCAACUCAGUUCAACAUGAUUGA